UUUCCGCCAUAUUGCAACAAAGCAGGUUCCCGACGCGAUUGAUUAUCAAUCAACGAACUUUUUGGGCCCACCUGAGAAAUAUUUAUUAAAAGUUUGUGAUGUGAGAUACGCAGAAUUUGGUAUCCAAGGAGCUGUCAGAUGAGAUAUGGAGGGUGGAACGCUUGACUUCAAUGAUCUCAUGGACACAGGAGAUGAGUUUCCCGGCUUCGAAAUCACCAAGUUCACACCUGUCAAUGGCAACGAUAAUGAUGAUGAUGUGCUGAAGACUCCAGAACAUGAGCAGGAGGAUGACUUUGUGCCAGCCGUAGGUAAAGCAGGGCAAGAGGACAAGUUAACGGAAGAAGCAGAAGAGGCGUUAUUAAAUGGAGACUGCAGUCCUGGCAUUGAAGAAGAUGUUGAUAACAAACUACAAGGUCCUGAUGUUGACAUUGAAGCCAAAGUAGCUGAAAAUUGGAAAGAAAAUGGUCCAGUUGAUGCUGAUUUAGAGAAAGAAAGUCAUGAAAGAAAUGGUGGGGAGGUUAUUGAGAACGACAAUGAUGCAAGUAUGUUAGAUCUAGAUGAAAAUGGUGAGAAAAACAUUAAAGAAAUGGAAAACAACGAUGAUGACAUUGAUUGUGUUAUUAAUGGUGGCGAAAACAAUGAAAAGGAUGGAGAGAAGACUGAUGGAAAUGGAGCACAAGCUCUAGAUAUUCAAUGUGAGAACAUGGUAGAGGGUGAUGAAGAGAUGGGUGAAUCCAGAAACAGCAGGGAGGGCAGUUCCGACCUCACUGAAAAACAUGAUGUGCAAGAAGUACAUGAGCCCCCAGUGAAGAAGAAAAAGCUCUACCUGCAGCCUCCAAGACCCAAGAUGAAACUGUGGGGCAGUUCUAGCAAUGUUGACCAGGAUAACGACAGUAAACACAGUGUAAACAAUCGGGAUGAUUCGAGUCAAAGCAGUGUGGAGGGUAAUUGCUCUAAAAAGGACACAGCACCAAACAGUAAAAUAGGUCAUCAAGGAGUGGAGGCAUCAAGCGACGGGGACAAUGAACACUUGGACGAGGACGGCGAACAGAAAGAUGCAGAUGGAGAGCAGGAAGAAGACGGACCACAUCAGCAGUCCUUUUUAUCUUUCCUGAACCUUAAGCCUGGUUCCUCCAAGCCACGAAAAGAACAGGAUAAAAACCAGGACAAAAAGAAAGAGGAGGAAUUCUACUCCCGAAAACGCCUAAGGACGAGGAAAAAGGUGAGUUAUGUGGACGCAGAAGCGGAAGAUGAUGAUGACGAAUAUGAGGCUGAAGACAGCGAGGAAGAGGAGGGUGAUCACAUGAUAGACCUGACAUCCCCACGUAAAGGACGUGUUCGAAACAACUCCCGCUCCCCAGGCCAUCUGACCACCACCCUUACACCAAAGCAGGUCCCUGGGGCGGCAAACUACGCCCUGGCACUACAGACCUUGCUUCCUGGUGUUGAUUUGACCUGUCUGAAGACAAACAACCAAACACCGAAGAUUCCUACUAAAGCUGGAAAUCAGUUACCUGGGAUGCAAAAAAUUGCUCCACGUCAGGGCCCCUUGAGCUUUCAGCAGGCUGCUAUUAACCAAGCUAAUAAAUUGGAUCUGAAAGGACUGUUUGAGUGUGGUAUUUGUGGGAAAUUCUUUGCCACAGCCGGCUUGUUUAUAGCACAUCAGGAUUCCGUUCACGCUGCGGAAAAACGAUCGGGAAAGUCUGCCAUCGAAACAUUCCGCUGUGAAGUUUGUAACUUUGUUCUUACGAACAGGUACGCAUACUUGGAACAUAAGAAAAUGAAGCAUAACAAGUCGCUAACCUUUACCUGUAGCAAGUGCAGGAUGCCUUUCUCGGUACUCGCCGAACUACAGAAACAUCAGAUGGCCUGUGGAAGACCAUCGUGUAAUACCUGCCACGCCCAGUUUAAGUCCUGGGUUGAGGUUGGGGAACACAGGAUAAAGGUUCACGGAGCAGCAGAUAAUAAUCAGGUGGCAAUUUGCAAGUACAAGAAUUGCAACUUCAUGGCAUCAACACAGCAGCAACUUGCAACACAUGUGAAGACUCUGCAUAUGAAUAGCGAGCUUAUCAAAUGCACUUCACCCAAGUGUCCACGAGUCUUUCAGACGCGUGACCAGUUGAAUGAACACAAGAAAGAAGCACACGCGUCUGAGUUUAUUGUUCAGUACCAAUGUAUUGAAUGUAAGAAUUGCUUCUCAACCAAAACUAUUCUAGCGGAACAUCAGUACCUUCAUAGCAUGGAGAAGUUACGAAAGUGUGACCUAUGCUCUCGACGUUUUACCUCGUUUAAUGACUUACGACGUCAUCGCGAGGUGCACGUUGCUAAGGGCACAUUCCGUUGUCAGGCAUGUAAACGAUGGUGCACGGAUAAGGCAGAAUUAGUCAGUCAUAUGUGUGCUAUGUCACACAAAACAUCAAAUGUUCGCGUGUAUUUUUGUGACGUUUGUCAGAAGGACUUCAGAUCGGAUGAGAAAAUGUUCAAUCACAGGCGUGAACAUAAGAAUUACUAUCAGUGUGGGAACUGUUUCAUGGAGUAUGAUACUGAAUUGAGUUAUAUCGAGCAUAGAGAAAUUCACGGUAAACAUGCCUGUUUGCAGUGCUUUGAGGAGAUGGACAAGGAAAAGGUUGAAGCUCAUUCAAAGGCUCAUGGCUAUUAUGUUAAGCUGGAAGAAUGGGUUGAUGAUGGCAAGAAUGAGAAAAAGAUGUUUCUCUAUCCAAAUCUGGUUAAUGUUGUAAAUUCUUAAGUCUUAAAUAGUUUACAUAAAGUCAAAGUGUGACUCUUUUUUGUGCUUAAUUGAUGGUAAUUUGUCAGUCUUACAAAAGUGGAUUCAAAAUAUUUUCUAGUUGGAAUUCGGAAUUAUUUUGGUUAUGCUGAAAUGUUUAUUGAGAAAAUAAGUGUUCACUAAAUGAUAAUAUUCCAGUUUAUGGUCAGGAAGAAACAAUACAAGUCAAAGAUCAUGGUUUUGUUUAUUUGAUAUCUGUUCGGUGAUUGAAGCAUCGUUCGAAAAUCAGGGGUGAUAAAAGUUCAGGAUUAUUCCUAAAUCGGGUUUGAGAGCAUAUUAUACAGUGUAUAUUUGUACAAAAAAUAUUUUUUCUUGAUUUUUACAUUAAAAAUACUAGAAAUACUUUGAAACCAUUUCAACAGGGAUCUAAAUCCCUUGCCUAUGCUUAGGGCUUGAAUUUUUUAUACCCUAACUAAAUAUUCAAGGUUGAGAUUUCAAUCCGUCAUCAGCCCUGGAAAGUAUAUAGAAUUAUAUAUAUCUCUAAUUCAUCAAAUUGUUUUCAAGUGCUCACACCAUUAAGAGAUUUUUUUUUUUUGAUUAAGUUGUUAUUUUAUAACUGUAUAUUUUCAAAUAAAGAAAGGGUUGUUAAAAUUUAGAGAAAAUCUCUAUUUCGUUAAGCAUCCAUGUUAAACUUAAUAGUCUUUGUUAAUGUUCAUGUCGAUGAUGUUUCACUACAAUUGUUCGGAAGAUAAUAUUUUUUUUUGUUGGCGAACCUUCUAAAAAACAUUUUAAUAGCAUGGCCCUGAAAGUUGAUUGAUGAACUUGAUUUUAAAUCCUCUGUUUUUCAAAGUAAAAAAUCAAGAUUAUGACAUAGCCUUCGUGUCAUUGUCGUAGAGCUUGAAACUUGGCCGACAUAGCCUUCGUGUCAUUGUCAUAGAGCUUGAAACUUGGCCGACAUAGCCUUCGUGUCAUUGUCGUAGAGCUUGAAACUUGGCCGACAUAGCCUUCGUGUCAUUGUCAUAGAGCUUGAAACUUGGCCGACAUAGCCUUCGUGUCAUUGUCGUAGAGCUUAAAACUUGGCCAACAUAGCCUUCGUGUCAUUGUCGUAGAGCUUGAAACUUGGCCGACAUAGCCUUCGUGUCAUUGUCGUAGAGCUUGAAACUUGGCUGACAUAGCCUUUGUGUCAUUGUCGUAGAGCUUGAAACUUGGCCGACAUAGCCUUCGUGUCAUUGUCGUAGAGCUUAAAACUUGGCCGACAUAGCCUUCGUGUCAUUGUUGAGAGCUUGAAACUUGGCCAUUACUCAAUAACCAUUUGAAAUGUUUAGAUGAAACUUGGUACACAUGUUGCCAGAGACAAUACACACACAUGUAGCUAGGCCUCAAUUAUUUUUAUGCUCCUUGUUGAACUAAACAAACAACAGUUGAGUGUUAAUGUUUGCUCCAUAGCACUCUUUAUUUUAUGAAGGAAAGACGGCAUAACAUUAGCCAUUGUAGAGAACAGCAUGACCCAUUAUUUUUUCAAACUCCAAUUUUAGGUAAAUUGGUCAGUCCAUAUAUUACAACAACAAACAAUAUUUUAAUGGUGGCUUAGUUGUUUAUUGUUAUAUGUUGCAUUCCUGGGCAUUUUUAAUCAUUGGAAGUAAAAUACAUAUGUACAUUAUAUAGCGGAUUUCUUUAUAGGAAAUUAGAAAUAUUUGUUGUCUGUAGUAAGGAUUUUAAUCAUGAUUUUUCCAUUAUUUUCUAUGAUAUGAAUAUACAUGUUAUUUUCCAAAGAAUUGUGUCUUGACUCUUCUGAAAUAGUCUUGUAUGAUAAGCCUGACCAAGGUAUUUGAAAUGUAUGUAAUAAAACAUUCAAUUUCAUUGGUUUGUUUUAGAUUCUUCCCUCGGU